AUGUCACAUAAUACUGAAACUCCAAUUAUUGCCGCUUCUCAAUCAAUCGGUGUUGGCUCUUUCAUGACCUCAUCGUUUCUUCCUUCUUCAACCAAAAUAGUUCUCUUAGAAAGAACCAAUUAUAUCCUCUUGGAAUCUCAAAUAACGCCUAUUCUAAAAUAUCAUCGUCUCUAUAAAUAUCUUGAUGAUUCAUAUGAAACACCAGCUCAAGAACUUGUUGAUGCCGUAACUGAAGAAAAAUCUCCUAAUCCAGCUUAUGAAGAAUGGGAAGUCAUCGACCAAACCAUUAUGUCUUGGAUCAACUGCUCUCUAACUGAAACUAUGAAAUCAGAAUGUGCUCGACGAGGCAAUUCUCGCGUUAUCAAGGAAAUCUCUGACUCCUUAGCUGCUGUUCUACAACCUGUAUAUGAUCUUGAACUUGUCUCCACAACUUUGCGUGGAUUGGGAGCUGAUUAUACAAGUAUUUAUACAACUGUCAUUGCUAGAACCUCUCGACCAACCUUUACUGAACAUCAUGCCCUUCUUCUCCAUCAUGAGUCUCAUCUGCAAUAUCUUCGAGGUCUUGAAACUUCGGCAUCUGACUUGCAAAACUCAAAUGCUUUCUUUGCUGGUUCUCAAUAUAGUGGUCUUGGCCAAUCUUCAAAUCAUGUUCGUGGCUCCUUUAAUGGUCGUGGAAAUUGGAACUCAACUGGUAAUGGUCGUGGUCGUACCAACUGGAAUACUAAUGUUCGUCCAAAUUGGAAUUCAAAUGGUCGUGGAAAUUGA